GCCAAUUUUGUCCACUUUUGUCUUUCAACCACUGGUCUCUUGAACAACGAAGAACUCAUACAAACAAAUUUUAUCCCCAAGGAUUUUUAAAUGUGUAUUUUUUAACCAGAAAAGGGCAUGAAGUAUUUUUAAGGGUAUUCUUAACAUUAGUUUUAAAGGGCGGCCAGAAAAGACCCGCCCACCUUUCAAUCUGAUUGGUCAGCUUCACCUGGGUACUACGAGUUUUCCUUUUUUUUUUUUAUCAAGUCGGGGGAACUUUUGAGUCUUACACCAAAUUAAACCGGUGGUUUUAAGAGGAGUCACACGGAGUUUAUUUACUAUAUAUAUUUUUUCUGUUUUCUUUCUGUUUUUUUUUUUUUUUGGGCCUUCUUCAGCGAUGGGUAAACUUAUCCCAGCUCAAGAAGCAGCCAAGAUCUAUCACACUAACUAUGUGAGAAACGCCAGAGCAAUCGGCGUGCUGUGGAUCAUCUUAACCAUCUGCUUUGCCAUAAUCACCAUGGUGGUGUUUAUUCAGCCCUACUGGAUCGGGGACAGUGUGGAUACCCCGCAGUCCGGAUACUUCGGGCUUUUUCACUACUGCAUUGGAAACCCAAUCACGGGAGAACUGGUGUGUAAAGGAAGCGCUCUGGAUUUCGGAUCCAUUCCCUCUGGAGCUUUUAAGACAGCCAUGUUCUUCGUCGGAAUUUCUUUCUUGUUGGUUGUUGGCACUAUAGGCUGCUUCAGCCUCUUCUUCUUCUGCAAUGCUGGUAGUGUGUAUAAGAUCUGUGCGUGGAUGCAGCUAGCCGCCGCCACCUGUAUGGUCAUAGGCUGUAUGAUUUACCCAGAUGGCUGGGACUCGGAGGAGGUGAAGCGCAUGUGUGGGCAGCGCACAGAUAAGUACACGCUGGGGAACUGUACGGUGCGCUGGGCUUACAUCCUGGCCAUCAUCAGCAUCAACGACGCCCUCGUCCUUGCCUUCCUGGCAUUUGUGCUCGGUAACAGACAGGACAAACUGCUACCAGAGGACUUCCACAUGGAGGACAGCAAAGAAGAAGCAUGAAGCCCCUGAGCUUCUGCACCUCUUACGAAACUGCAUCAGCCAUCUGUGGAGUGUCUACAUCUGGAGCCCCCCCUCCCCUCUAUUAAGGAGGUUACUUUAAAUAUUUAUAAUUACCACUAUUUUGAUGUACGUCUAUUUCAUUCAGACAUUAAGCGGCUUAUUAUUUAUGAUUAUAUAAAAAAAUAUGCUUUUGUACAAUUGGUAAAUUAUAUAAUUAUAGAUAUAUAUUAUAAAAGAUAUUGGUUUUAGCACUGUGUCAAAGAAGUGUUCAGUAUUUUACCAUGUAAAAAUAUAUAAUUGUAUGGUCUUUUUCUGGUCUUCAGCUGUAGUCUUCAGCUUGGCUGACAGGAUUGGCAGUAUCCUCCUGUAGCCUAGCCACCUCAAGAUCUGAUGUUCUUGAGAUCUUUUCAGCUCAGCACAGCUGUAAUUGUAUUUUACUUAACCUGCCAGUCAGCUCCAGUCAGUCGGUCUUCUCUCUCUCUCUCUCUCUCUCUCUCUCUCUCUCUCUCUCUCAUGUUUAAAAUGUUAGAUGAACACAUGCUGAGGGACAAGAAGAAACAACAGAUCAAGGACUGUUAGUAAAAAAUAUUUAGAAGAAAACAACACAACUCUGUCGACUUUCAAGGCUUUAUUCAGAACAACUACAGAAAGCAGCAAACAAUCAAGAGUGUAACGGCUGAGAAAAAGCAAAGAGAGAGAAAGGAGAGGAAAGGGGUGGAAAAAAAAGAAAAAAAAAAAGAAAAAAGGACAUGCUUGUGGAAAUUGGAAAAGGUCAAAGGUGACAAGUCUUUCGAUACAAAAAGCAAGCAGAGGUCCCGGUCCUUCACAAUAAAACUCUACGUUCAUUUACACAUAAAAAAA